AUGCCACCAGCAGUCCUGUGUGCAUGCGCAGUUGGCAAAGGUGUUGCUGUUCUCAUGAAAGAACCUAAAGACAUGAGGAAGGCGUGUGCUUUCGAGGUCGAAGUCACAGACUACGACAAACGCGAAAUACACCAGAUGCGCGCGGCAAAAUUCCAUGGCCCUAGCGGACUUCCCCUGGUGCUCCGAAUCCAAAAUCUAGCAUCGGUAGUUCACGAAAGUGAUGUUGUCAAAGCACUCCACCAAGAGUUCCCUUGCAACAAGUUUCAUGUUUAUCAGAUGCUAGCCCAAAAAGGUGGUGCCCGGAUGAAUAAUUUCUUCGUGGUGUUCUCGGAAGCCCCCGCCCAUGUUGUCAAGAGUCUUUAUUUUCGAGAACUACCCAAGCACAAGGGAAAAGUCAGGCCCGCCACUCUAGUGGUGGAUGACGUGUGCUGUUCGUGCGAAACUCUGACUCCCCACUCCGAGGACAGCCCCUGCAAGUACUGGGUCUACCUUUGGACCAGCGUUGAGGGGAGAUACUUCUGUGGGAAAGGGCUUGCUGAGCAAUGGCUUGCCGAGAAACAGAGUGCCGAAGAGAAGACUGUGCGCCCCUUACAUUUCAAGCGGGCCGAGGAGCAUGCUACUGCACACAGACCGUUCAACUCCAGCAUCCCACAAGCCAACAGUGCAGAGGAUCAUACAUGGUUCGAUGCCCCCGGUCCAAGCAAGUCUGUACCAUGGUCCUCCGGGACUAUAGAGGCAGACAAAGCAAAAGGUCAUGAGCGGUUCAUCACCAGUCUCUAUUCUGGAGUCCCACGAGCAGAGAGUGCAAUCAGUCAUCAUGAGCGGCGAGAUGCUGGUCUAUUCUCUUUCGGAAGAUUCGACAGCUCAAAGAACAACGAUCAGAGAGCAGCACCAGUAUUCCAUCCUCUUCGUGAUGUGGAUUGA